AUGCCCAUUGAAUUGUACUCCCUCGCCACUCCGAAUGGUCAAAAAAUUGCCAUUGCUCUCGAAGAAUUAAAUCUUCCCUACAAUGCUCAUACCGUGGACAUUCGGAAAGGAGAACAAUUUCAUCCUGAUUUUCUGAAAAUUUCUCCUAAUAACAAGAUCCCAGCCAUUGUGGAUACAGAGAAUGGUAAUUUGACUCUAUUUGAAUCGGGAGCUAUUUUGCAAUAUUUAGCUGAAAAGGCUCUUCAACAAUCAAAGCAAGAUAACAAUGAACAACAUUCAAUUCCCACACUCAUUCCUCCACAUGGAACUGCCGAAUAUUGGCAUUGUUUGCAAUGGUUGACUUGGCAAGUGGCUGGUCUCGGUCCCAUGAUGGGUCAAUUGGGUUUCUUUUGGAAAUAUUCAAAGGAGGAUGUUCCUGUCGGAAAAGAACGUUAUUUGAAUGAAACGAAACGUUUAUGGGGAGUGUUGGAAAAACAUUUGGCUGAAGGCUCGAAACAGUAUGUGGUUGGAGAUCAAUACACCAUUGCAGAUAUCGCUAUCUUUCCUUGGAUUCGAUUGCUCAAUACCUUCCCAGAACCAGUCUUGCAAGCCAUUCCACUGGAUUCCUAUCCGAAUAUUAAGGCAUAUAUUGAAAGAAUUGAACAACGUCCUGCUGUACAAAGAGGACUUAAGGUGACACCAUUUGUGUAA